CCUUUUUCUCUAAAGUCAUGUGACUGCUCACUCAGCUGACUCUGACACCCGUGAUCCCGUGAAAGAGGCUUCAAAGUACGAUUCAUUCGUAUAGCAUCGUCUUGUCAUCAGCUUCCUCGUUUUAAAGCUCACUUGAAAUAAAUCUUCUGCAAAAUGGCAGGUGCUAUGGAUAGAGCGUCGAAGUUGCCCAAACUUGAAGAUGAAGAAAAGGAAUCAAAUUAUGGAUACGUUUAUGCUGUUUCCGGCCCUGUCGUUACUGCCCAGAAGAUGUCUGGAUCAGCUAUGUACGAGUUGGUGCGAGUUGGUUAUUCUGAGCUUGUAGGAGAAAUUAUUCGUCUUGAAGGAGACAUGGCUACCAUCCAGGUUUAUGAAGAAACCUCUGGUGUCACAGUAGGAGACCCCGUACUAAGGACGGGCAAGCCCUUGUCUGUAGAACUCGGUCCUGGUAUCAUGGAAUCUAUCUUUGACGGCAUCCAACGUCCCCUGAAAGACAUCAACGAACUUACCCAAAGUAUCUACAUUCCCCGUGGUGUUAACACUCCCGCUUUGAGUGUCACUGCAGAAUGGGAUUUCAAGCCCGCAAACAUUAGGAUUGGAAGUCACGUGACUGGAGGCGAUAUCUACGGAACGGUUUUCGAAAAUCGGAUGGUUAAACAUAAAAUGAUGCUCCCUCCUCGUGCUAGGGGUACUGUCACGUGGGUCGCUUCUCCUGGACACUACCGCGUCACUGAUAAAAUUUUGCAGAUUGAAUUUGAUGGCGAAAAAACCGACUAUACCAUGUUGCAGGUAUGGCCUGUGCGUCAGCCGCGUCCAGUUGUUGAAAAGCUUCCGGCCAAUUAUCCUCUUUUGACUGGACAGCGUGUGUUGGAUGCCCUUUUCCCUUGCGUUCAAGGCGGAACAACUGCAAUUCCGGGCGCUUUCGGUUGUGGCAAAACUGUCAUUUCGCAGUCAUUGUCCAAGUACUCUAACUCAGACGUCAUUAUCUACGUCGGUUGUGGUGAGCGUGGUAACGAAAUGUCUGAGGUAUUGCGAGACUUCCCUGAGCUGACCUGUGAGGUUGAUGGCAUUACUGAAUCCAUCAUGAAGCGUACUUCCCUAGUAGCCAACACCUCAAACAUGCCUGUCGCUGCUCGUGAAGCUUCCAUCUAUACUGGUAUCACCUUGUCUGAAUAUUUCCGUGACAUGGGUUACAACGUCUCCAUGAUGGCUGAUUCUACAUCUCGUUGGGCCGAGGCUCUUCGUGAGAUUUCCGGUCGUCUCGCUGAGAUGCCUGCUGACAGUGGUUACCCUGCAUACUUGGGAGCUCGUUUGGCUUCCUUCUACGAGCGUGCUGGUCGUGUCAAAUGCCAAGGUAGUCCUGAACGUGAGGGCUCUGUCUCCAUUGUCGGUGCCGUGUCCCCUCCUGGUGGUGACUUCUCAGAUCCCGUCACCUCCGCAACACUGGGUAUCGUACAGGUGUUUUGGGGUCUUGACAAGAAAUUGGCCCAGCGUAAACACUUUCCUUCCGUCAACUGGCUUAUCUCUUAUAGUAAGUACAUGCGUGCUCUGGAUGACCACUACGAACGUCAUUUCCCCGAGUUUGUACCUCUUCGUACUAAGGUCAAGGAGAUUCUGCAGGAAGAAGAAGAUCUUUCCGAAAUCGUGCAACUUGUCGGCAAAGCUUCUCUUGCAGAAACCGAUAAGAUCACUCUUGAAGUUGCGAAAUUGCUAAAGGAUGAUUUCCUUCAGCAAAACGGAUACUCUGCUUACGAUCGUUUCUGUCCUUUCUACAAAACCGUGGGCAUGCUUCGAAACAUGGUGGGUUUCUACGACAUGGCUAGACAUGCUGUCGAGUCAACUGCCCAAUCAGAUAACAAGAUCACAUGGGGAACUAUUCGCGAGUCCAUGGGCAAUAUCCUAUAUCAACUUUCUUCAAUGAAAUUCAAGGAUCCGGUCAAGGACGGAGAAGCCAAAAUCAAGCAAGACUACGACGAACUGCACGAGCAAAUGCAACAGGCCUUUAGAAAUUUGGAAGACUAAAUUAGCACCCUACAAGUUAGAGUUUUUUUUUCCCCAUCAGCAGAUUAAACAAAUAACAUCCGUAGCUCAUUCUACGUUUCUUAAGAAGUUGUUUCGCAGCCAAGGCAGGUCUCUGUCAUUAGUUGAUUCUUUUUUUAUUUUAUCUACUUGUUUUCCUGUGUGUGCGUGUAUAUGAUUUAUUUGAAUUUUUUUCCUGGGUCCUGGAACACAAUAAUUCCAUUUUGUCAUAUGAAAGAGCCAUCACCCAAAUCCCGAAUAUUGUCGUUGCAAAGCAUAACAAAUCUAGGAGAUUAAUGCAUGGAACAUUCCUGAUGGACAAUUUGCGUCUUUUUUUUUGGAUCAACGUGUUAGAGAAAGUAAUUUCUCUCUAUUCGUAUUUCUAUGGGUGUUCAAUAAACCUGCGAAAUUAGA